ACGGAGAGAAGCUAAACUCCGGGGUGGGGUUGGACGAUGCUCGCUUCUCCCUGGAGGAAGAGAUCUUCAAGGCGACGCGUAACAAACAAAUAACACAACAUGGGAAACCCAGAAAUUAUAACUGAAGCUUAUGUGGCUGUCAUUCGUCCAAAGAAUUCUGCAAGCCUGAAUUCUCGUGAAUAUCGUGCGAAAUCAUAUGAGAUUUUGUUGCUUGAAGUUCCCAUUGAAGGACAUAAGAAGAAGAGAAGGAAAAUGUUAUUGGAAACUAAACUUCAAGGGGGCAGUGAUGUAACCCAAAGCAUUUUGGAUUAUAUAGUAGAAACCACCAAACCAAUUUCACCAGGAAAUCAAGGUAUUAAAGGAAAACGAGUUCUGUUAAUGAAGACAUUUCCUCUUGAUGGUGAGAAGACAGGCAAGGAUGCAUCUCUUUUUGUUGUACCAUCAGUUGUCAAAGAUAAUACAAAAUAUACAUACAGUCCAGGAUGCCCAGUUUUCUACUGCUUUCAAGACAUCAUGAGGGUCUGCAGUGAAUCCAGUUCUCAUUUUGCUACAGUUACAGCUAGAAUGUUAAUUUACCUGGAUAAAUGGUUAGAAGAACGGCAUUCACAGUCGCAUUCGAUCCCAGCUUUAUUCAGACCAUCUCCCUUAGAACGGAUUAAAACAAAUGUCACAAACCCUGCAUAUGCUAUUGAACCUGGGCAGACAGAGAGCUCUCUUCACAUGGGAUAUACUGCAUUAGAAAUCAAAAGUAAAAUGCUGGCACUUGAGAAGGCAGAUAUAUGCAUCUACAACCCUUUAUUUGGCUCCGAUCUUCAGUAUACCAAUAGGGUUGACAAAGUGGUUAUAAAUCCAUAUUUCGGACUUGGAGCCCCAGACUAUUCAAAAAUACAGAUUCCAAAACGUGAAAAAUGGCAACGCAGCAUGAGCAGUGUCAUGGAAGACAAGGAACGUCAGUGGGUUGAUGAUUUUCCUCUCCAUCGUAGUGCUUGUGAAGGAGAUUCUGAGUUGUUGAGUCAACUUCUAGAUGAAAACUUUUCAGUUAACCAGUUGGACAGUGACCACUGGGCACCUAUCCAUUAUGCAUGUUGGUAUGGAAAAGUUGAAGCUACUCGAAUGCUGUUAGAAAAAGGAAAAUGCAACCCAAAUUUGCUGAAUGGACAGCUUAGCUCUCCUCUUCAUUUUGCUUCUGGGGGAGGGCAUGCUGAUAUUGUUCAGAUUCUUCUAAACCAUCCAGAAAUUGACAGACAUAUUACUGAUCAACAAGGAAGAACUCCUCUGAACGUCUGCGAAGAGAACAAACAAAAUGAGUGGGGAAAAACAGCUAAUUUGCUGAAAGAGGCCAUAAAUAAACAAUAUGAAAAAGUGCGAAUUUACCGAAUGGAUGGGUCAUACCGCUCUGUGGAGUUGAAGCAUGGAAACAACACUAGUGUGCAACAGAUAAUGGAAGGAAUGCGCCUUUCUCAAGAAGCACAGCAGUACUUCACGAUAUGGAUCUGUUCUGAAAACCUUAGUCUCCAGCUGAAGCCAUAUCAUAAGCCUCUGCAGCAUGUUCGUGACUGGCCUGAAAUACUCACCGAGCUAACUAACCUGGAUCCUCAAAGGGAAACUCCACAGCUUUUCCUGAGGAGGGAUGUGAGACUUCCUCUAGGCGUUGAAAAAAAGAUUGAGGAUCCACUGGCUAUUCUUAUCCUAUUUGAUGAGGCCAGGUACAAUUUGUUGAAGGGUUUCUAUACCUCACCAGAUGCCAAGCUGAUAACACUUGCAAGUCUGCUGCUGCAAAUAGUCUAUGGAAAUUAUGAGAGUAAAAAACACAAACAGGGCUUCCUAAAUGAAGAAAAUUUAAAAUCUAUCGUACCAGUGACCAAAUUAAAAAGUAAGGCACCCCAUUGGACCAACCGAAUACUACAUGAGUAUAAGAGUCUCAGUACUAGUGAGGGUGUGAGUAAAGAGAUGCAUCACCUGCAGCGCAUGUUUUUGCAGAACUGCUGGGAAAUUCCUACCUACGGAGCGGCUUUUUUCACAGGACAGGUAUUCACAAAGGCAAGCUCAAGUAAUCAUAAAGUCAUCCGAGUGUAUGUAGGCAUAAACAUCAAAGGAUUACAUCUUCUCAAUAUGGAAACAAAGGCUUUACUCAUAAGUUUAAAAUAUGGCUGCUUUAUGUGGCAGUUGGGAGAUGGAGAUACCUGCUUUCAGAUACAUAGUCUGGAAAACAAAAUGAGCUUUAUAGUCCAUACCAAGCAGGCAGGUCUCGUCGUCAAACUGCUGAUGAAAUUAAGCAGCCAGUUGGUGCCUAGUGAAAGAAAUGACUGAAAUAAAUGGAGAAUGGUUAUACAGUUAAUUGCAUUAAGCAAAUAUAAGGUUUGCAUAUGUAUGAAUUGGACAGGAUGAAAUAUGUUGUCUUUGUUAAAAAGUUCUGUUGUUUAUUUGUAAAACAUGUAACCUGGCAGUUAUGUUGAUAUAAACCUUUUGAAGUUUUAUUUGCAAAGUCAUGAGAAUCCUCAAUUGGACAAGUAUUACACAAAGAAAAA